GAGAAUAGCUGCGGCUCCGAAAUAUACGAUCCAGUGACGAACUCAAUACGAGGCAUUCGCACCCACAUACUCUCAGCCUCUGAACCGGCUGGUCGGGGCCUCGCCACGCUCUUCAAGCGGCUGCAUCCUCGCCUCACCCCGGACUCGGCUCAAUUGAAUAUCUCAUCUAGCAUCUGAUGCGCGAUGAUGAUAUCGGCCCCGACUGCCCGCCUACGUUCCGCUCUCUGAUGGCAGUAAGGUCGAGAACCCCUGCUCUUGCAACAUCCGAUUUCCAGAUACCACUCCUAUAUAUCCACCCAAGACCAGCCCAAUCGUCCCGCCGGCCGAGUAUACGAUGAGAACAAGUCCCAGGUCGAGGGAUAAGCUGGGAAUUGGGUCUGGGAAGGAACUCUUCACCCCGUCAGGGUUCCUUAACUCACACAUGUUGCAUUCGUCACCACUUUCAAAGACUGCCAAGACUUCAUUCUCGAUAUCGCCUUUGAGAGAUCUCACGUCGUCAGCAAGCAGUCAAAUAUCGCUCGAAGCCAUGUCAGAAAUCGCUUCUGAGAUUGUUGUCCACGGCGAAGACAUGGAUGUUGACGACUCGAUGAACGAUACCUCGAUGGCCACAUCAGCUGUGGCCUCACCAGCAGAAUUCUCAGGCAACGAAGGCAUGGCAGAACCCUCGCCUCACCGCGACAUUCUUCAGACGAACCGUAACUCUUUAGAGUCCCCAAUGUCACAUACGUCGGAACAAUCCGAACUGUCCUCUCUGCUGUCAUCCGUCUCUAGUAAGGCUACGACUCCCGUCGACCUUAACGCAGCUCAGGAGCCCGAUCUCUCAUCAGCACGAUAUUCACAACCUCGCCAGGUGCCGAGACGCACGUACGACAUUGAGCCCAAGUCUUCCGUUCCGGCGGGCCUGGACGACAUCACAUACGCUGCUGAAUGCAUACGCGCCGUUGAGGCUUCGAGACUGGAUCCAUUCUCAUUACACCAAGGAGAAUACCAGCUCCUGCGCCAGCACAUCACCCACAACCAAGUGACUACAUACCUGAAUGUCAGGAACGGUAUUGUGCGACUAUGGUACCACAAUCCACGUGUGCCCGUUACGCGAGAACAAGCAAUUGGAUGUGCUAGUGUGCGAUGGUUCGACGUCGCCAGCGUCUGCUAUGAUUGGUUAGUGCGCAACGGAUUCAUCAACUUCGGAUGUGUCGAGUUCCCGACGGUAGAUGAAGAGAAAGAAGGGGAACCACCGGCUACGAAGCAAAAAACGAUUGUCGUCAUCGGAGGCGGCAUGUCCGGCCUGGGCUGUGCGAGGCAGUUGGAGAACUUGGCGAAACAAUACAAGGAUCAGUUUCGAGAACUGGGCGAAUUGCCGCCCAAAGUUGUCGUUCUGGAAGGACGCACCAGGGUCGGCGGUCGGGUGUAUUCACGAGCCUUCACAACAAAGCCUACCUUGUCGGUGCCUGGGUUCCCCGGCGAAAGGUACACCGCUGAGAUGGGCGGUAUGAUUAUUACAGGCUUUGAGCGUGGCAAUCCGAUCAAUGUCCUCCUGCGCGGCCAAUUGGGCCUUCACUAUCGAGCGUUGCGACCAGAGACAACUAUUUACGAUUCAAACGGUCGGCCUGUGGACCCAUUGAGGGACGAUCUGGUUGAGAAACUCUACAACGACUGUCUCGAUCGAGUCAGCGAAUACAAGCAUCACAACCAGCCGUCCAAACUUGUUAGAGGCAAUCAUGAUUAUAUAGAGCACGGGCGCGACAGCGGAACUGAUGGAAGCAAAACAAUUGCCGAGUCUGAAGAAGCAGCAGCAGCGCUGCCUCACGCAGCGCCCGUCUCGCAACAGAACGUUCCGGAACGAGUAAACCGCGUGCCGGUAUCUGCAGAUAAACUGACUGGUCGAAUCCAUACCGAGCCGGGCACUCCAGCUACCAGCAAAGCCUCAGAGAAGGCGAAAGAGAUGGGCUGGACGCUGAAAAACAACAUCGCACCUGAGGCCAAUAUUGAUCUCGACGACGCGGCGGCCCGGUCUGAUGCCACCCUCGGCUCCGUCCUCGACGAGGCUAUCGGGCAGUAUCGCAACCUUGUCGACCUAACGGCUCAAGAUCAUCGGCUCAUUAACUGGCACGUCGCCAACCUAGAGUACAGCAACGCUACGAGCUUGCAUAAUUUGAGCCUGGGCAAUUGGGACAUUGAUGCGGGCAAUGAAUGGGAAGGCAAGCAUACCAUGGUCGCCGGUGGAUACCAGACGGUACCGCGUGGCUUAGCCUUGUGCCCCACGCCACUCGACUUGAAGACCAAUGCUCCGGUUCAAAAGAUCAAGUACAGUAGCGAAGGCGGCUUGAAGCGAUCACUUGUCGAAUGUGAGGACGGCACCAUCGUUGAAGCCGACUAUGUUGUCUCAACCAUACCACUUGGAGUCUUGAAGCAGGGCAGCGUCGAGUUCGACCCGCCUCUGCCAGGAUGGAAGACUGAUGUCAUUGAGCGCAUUGGGUUUGGAGUCCUCAACAAGGUGAUCCUUGUGUAUGAUAAGCCCUUCUGGGACACCGAAAGGCACAUCUUUGGCGUCUUACGAGACGCACCGAACCGGCACAGCCUGGCUCAGAGCGACUACGCCUCACAACGCGGAAGGUUUUUCCAGUGGUUCAACGUUACCCAAACGACCGGUCUACCAUGCCUUGUGGCCCUCAUGGCAGGCGUUGCAGGCUUCGACACUGAGCGAGAAAGUAAUGAGGAUCUCGUCAAGGAAGCCACUGGCAUACUCCGAGGUGUUUUCGGCCGCAAGGUUCCCUUCCCUGUCGAGGCGGUCAUUACCCGUUGGGGCUCUGAUAAGUUCAGUAGAGGCAGCUACUCGUCUUCAGGGCCCGGCAUGCAUCCUCAUGAUUACGAUGUCAUGGCCAAACCUGUUGACAACCUAUACUUUGCAGGGGAGCACACCAUCGGAACGCACCCGGCGACGGUACACGGCGCUUACAUGUCUGGACUGCGGGCGGCCUCAGAAGUCUUUGACGCAUUGCUGGGCCCUAUUGAUAUCCCCUCGCCACUCGUUCUUUCAAAGAGCAGCAUGUGGAGGGCAGCCUCGGCCGAGGAGCGGAAGCCGUUUGAGGAGACGCCGUCAAGGGCCAAGGCCGCGCACGCGCUGGCUGUGCAGGAGUAUAACGACGGCUCUGUUCGAUGGGACGAGGCCGCCAUCAACUUGCGGGCAGAGUAUGAGGAAGAGCACGAUCUGGCUGGUUCCGCGACGCUUACCGCCGAUGGAAAGCAUCGUCGCACGAGUAAGCCUGUGGAUUAUGCGGAGGACGAUGAGAGCGUAUCUGAGUAG